UAGAUGUAUAAAAGUCCGAUGCCAAACGUGGCUGGUUAUCAGUGCAGCACAGACAAGGUGAUCAGCGAGAAAUCACAAAAGAAAGUUCAAAAUUAAAAAAAAAUGAAUAAAUUUAUUCCAAUUUUUCUGGUAGCCCUUGGCGUUGUGGUUGCCUUGGGUGCUCCCAGUGGCAGUGGCGAAGAGAGCAAAAGUUAUCAACUUUUCGAAACGGUAGCCGAGAAAUUGCAAAAAUCCCUUUGGUCCGAGGAAAUCUUAGGCAAAUUUGAGGAGUAUUUAAAUGUUCUCAAAGAAUGGUCGGAAUCGGAUGAGAAGCUCCAAACAUCCUCAGUCUAUGACAAAUUCCGUGAACAACUUAAGAAAUGCUCUGAAGAACUGCAAGAUCUCAAAGCCCAACCCGAUAAUUGUGCCAAACAAUUGGCAUUGAAGGAGACGCAUGAGAAGAUACGCCACCUCUUCGAUUCAGUCGAUGAUGAAAAAUUGAGACGUGAUUGGGUUAAGAAAUAUAUGAAUUUUGCCGUGCCAAUGCGUUCGAUUAGCAGAAAUUCCAAUGAACAAUUCUAUGCAUUCCUCAAGGAAACUGUGGAGAACUAUUUAAAUGCCGUUGAUACGUCGGCUCAGUCGGAAAAUCUUGUCGAAUGGCAUAAGAAAUUUGCCAAACAAACGGACUAUGUUAAACAACAGAAAAUGGUAAUGGAAUUUAUGGCUCUAUUCCCGGAGGAGAGAAAAAUGUAUGAGGCCAACAAAUGUCAGGUGCAAUAUUCGACUGGAUUGUAAAAAUUUUGGAAUUUGAUGAGAGAUUCAGAUUGAAGUCACAUAUUCUCAUGGAUGUCGAACGCAUGUCCGAUUUUUGUGAAAUUAUUUAAUUUCGAAAUAAUAAACUGAAGCAUGAAUUGCCA